CGAGGCAGCCUGGGCGCCCCUCAGCUGUAUUUGGAGCUGGUCCUAGAGAAGCUGCACAGGGUUGUUGUGGCAGCGUUGCCUGAAGACAUGAGACCAAGUCCUAGUCCUUAUGGUUUUCCAUGGGAAUUGGUGGUAUGUACAGUUAUUGUUGGAUUUUUUGCUAUUCCCUUGAUUUUGUGGAGAAGUUUUCAGUCGGUUAGAAGCCGGCUUUAUGUGGGAAGGGAGAAAAAGCUUGCUGUAAAACUUUCUGCACUAACUGAAGAAAAAUGUAAACUAUUGGCAAAAAUUAGUCUUGCUCAAAAAGAGUACAAAGGCUUAGAGUCAUCUGUUAAGGAUGUCAGCUUUGAGAAGGAGUCAAAAGAAGCCCAAAGUUUGGAGGAAACCUGGGAAAAGCUGAACAGGUCCAAUUCAGAACUUAAGGAUGAAAUACUCUUUCUAGAAAAAGAAUUAAAAGAAGGGAAAUCUAAACAUUCUGAAUAAGAUGAAUUAAUGGUGGAUAUUUCAAAAAAGAUACAGGCCCUAGAAGAUGAAUCAAAAUCCCUCAAAUCGCAAGUAACUGAAGCCAAAAGAACCUUCAAAAUAUUUCAAAUUAACGAAGAACAACUUAAGAUAGCAAUUAAAGAUGCUCUGAAUGAAAACUCACAACUUCAGGAAUGCCAGAAACAGCUUUUACAAGAAGUUGAAGAAUGGAAAGAACAAGUGAGUGAACUUAAUAAACAGAAAAUAGCAUUUGAAGACUCCAAAGUACAUGUGGAACAAGUUUUGAAUGAUAAAAUCAGAUCAGUCUCUGAACACUUGCUAAAGAUAAAAGACUGGGCUGCUGUGCUUGGAGAAGACAUAAUGGAUGAUGAUAACUUGGAAUUGGGAAUGAAGAAUGAAUCAGAAAAUGGUGCUCCCUUAGAUAAUCAGCCAAGAGGACCUUUGAAGAAACUAAUUCAUGCUGCUAAGCUAAAAGCUUCUUUAAAAACCCUAGAAAGAGAAAGAAAACAAAUUUACACUCAGUUAUCCGAAGUGUAUAAAACAAAUGAAGAGCUUACAGAACAUAAGAAAAAUCUCCAGGCUGAGCAAGCAUCUUCGCAGUCAGAAAAUACACAAUUUGGAACUGAGAAUCAGAAGCUUCAGCAGAAACUGAAUGUAAUGACUGAACUAUAUCAAGAAAAUGAAAUGAAAUUGCACAGGCAAUUAACUGUAGAGGAAAACUGCCGAUUAGAGAAAGAGGAGAAACUUUCAAAAGUAGAUGAAAAGAUCAGCCAUGCAUCUGAAGAGCUGGAGACCUACAGGAAACCAGCCAGAGAUCUUGAGGAAGAAUUGGAGAGAGUCAUUCAUUCUUAUCAAGGGCAGAUUAUUCCCCUUGAGAAAAGAGCUCUUGUUGAUUGGUUGGCAGCUUGGUCUGCAAAAAGAAACUUCAUUGAUUUAAGGAAAGAAAAGGCUCACAUCAGACAAAAAAUAAGUGAAGCACAGCUUAAAUUUAAACUUUUAGAAAAAGAUCCUUAUUCACUUGAUGUUCCAAGUGCAGCAUUUGGCAGAGAGUAUUCCCCAUAUGUUCCCUCACCACUGGGUAGGCCUUCAUCUGAAAUGAGAGCUUUUCUCUCCCCUCCAACUUUGGGUCCAUUCAGACCCUUACUUUUGCUUCCAGGGGGAGGAGGAAAGGGCUCACGAGGACCAGAGCAUCCUCUGGGCCAUCAGAUUACCAAUGAAAGAGGAGAAUCAAGUAGUGAUAGGUUCCCUGAUCCUCAUGGAGCACCUUCUGACACAGGAUCCCUAUCACUUCCAUGGGCACAGGAUCGGAGAAUGAUGAUCCCUCCAGCAGGCCAACUGUAUCCUGAUCCAUCAUUUCUUCCACAAAGGCAAGACAGGUUUUAUUCUAACUCUGGUACAUUACCUGGACCACCAGAACUCAGAAGUUUUAAUAUGUCUUCUUUAGAUAAAAUGGAUGGGCCAAUGUCUUCAGAAGUGGAAUCCAGUAGAAAUGAAAUCAAAGAUGAUCUUGGUAAUUUAAAUGUGCCUGAUUCAGCUCUCCCUGCUGAAAGUGAAGUACCUGGCCAUGGCUUUGCUCCUCCACAUUUUCCACCAGCCAGAAGGGAGCUUAUAUAG